AUGCAGUGGAUACACUUCGAGAUCGCAAGCUUGGUGGCGCAUCAGCGCCCUCUUCCUCCUCCACUUAGCCGUUGUUGGGCAAACGCCGGUAACGCUCUUCAGGGGGCUUCAGUGCGCUACGGGCCUCUGCUAGCCAACCGCUGGAACAGUCCUAACUUGGACUAG